UUCGCCGGAACGAAAUAAAGGAUAUUACUUUUAUGUGCUUUGACUUCAGGAGCAAGCCAUUUUUUAGAGUUCCGUUAUUUGUGGACCUAAUGAUUUCAAGUUUUCGUAAAUUGUGCUUGUGACUUCCUGCCAAAUUUGAAAGUGGAGAUUGUACUGUGUGUUUAUGAUCUUUGGUAUAACUGUCAUUUUGAUCUGCAGCAGUUCAUAGUUGCUGAGGCACAUUGAAACCGGUGAAGUGGUGAUGUGAAUGUAGUUUUAAAAUAAGCGUAGUGGCAUAUACUCUGUGAAAAUGGAAGACGAACUAUAUGGAAUUAGUGCUGGCACUGCUGUUGACAUUCAGCGAACUGAUGGGCGUGUACACGCCGCUGUAGUUUCCGGGGUAAAUCUCCAAACUCGUAGUGUGACGGUAGAAUGGAUAGAGAGAGGAGAGACGAAGGGCAAGGAGAUUGAGAUUGAUGCUAUCCUCUCCCUCAACCCUGGACUUACAAACAAGGGCAGAGAUGACACUACCUUCAUCCCUCACAAACUGCAACGAAGUGCUACAAGGGCUUCAGUAGGUGGUCAAGCUCAUAGAGAACGAGCAUUACGCAACAAACAAGGUGGAAGGCUCACAAAUGUUCCAACAGUAAAUGGACAUGGGGAUACACACAUCCAAAGAGGAUUAGAAAAUAUUGCUCCAAACCCAGCUAAUUUAACUGCACGACAACACACUAUGCAGCACCAACAAUUAACAGCAUUGCAGCAACAAAAGCAACAACAGCAGCAGUUAAUCCAACACCAGUUACUAGUUCAACAACAACAGCAGCAGCAGCUACUGCAACAACAACAACAACAACAACAACAACAGCAGCAGCAGCAGCAGCAACAACAGCAGCAGCCUGCAACAGUUGGAAAUACAGGAGCUGGUAAAUUUCGCCGUAGUAAUGUUGUGAAAGAAGUUGAAAAAUUAAAAAAGAACAGAGAUGAAAGGAGGCAGCGUCAAGCUGAACUUAAAGAAGAGAAAGAACUACUUAUGAAUAUGGACCCAGGGAAUCCAAACUGGGAGUUCCUCGCAAUGAUAAGGGAAUACCGGAGUAGCAUUGAAUUUAGACCUCUGCGAGAAACCGAUCCUGUUGAAGACCACCAGAUAACAGUGUGUAUUCGGAAAAGACCUCUAAAUAAGAAAGAAAUGAACAGAAAAGAAGUUGACGUUAUCACUGUCCCUACAAAGGAUCAGAUGGUAGUCCAUGAACCUAAAACUAAAGUUGACCUCACAAAAUACUUGGAAAAUCAGAUAUUCAGGUUUGACUACGCAUUUGAUGAAACCUGUUCCAACGAACUUGUUUACAAGUACACUGCGAAACCUUUGGUGCAAACAAUUUUUGAAGGAGGGAUGGCAACUUGCUUUGCUUAUGGCCAAACAGGUAGCGGAAAGACACAUACAAUGGGUGGAGAUUUCCACGGAAAAACCCAAGACUGUACAACAGGGAUAUAUGCAAUGGCAGCAAAAGAUGUUUUUAAUUUUCUGAGGUCCUCAAAAUACAAGCCUUUGAACUUAAUGGUGUCUGCCAGCUUUUUUGAGAUAUAUAGUGGCAAAGUAUUUGACCUCUUAGCCAAUAAAUCAAAGUUGAGGGUUUUAGAAGAUGGAAAGCAGCAAGUACAAAUAGUUGGUCUGACCGAAACAGUAGUUGACUCUGUGGAAGAAGUUCUCAAGUUAAUACAGCAUGGAAAUAAUGCAAGGACAUCUGGACAGACAUCAGCAAAUACGAAUUCUUCGCGAUCGCAUGCUGUUUUCCAAAUUGUUUUGAGGGUAACAGGAAUAAAUAAAGUUCAUGGGAAAUUCUCCCUCAUAGAUUUGGCUGGCAAUGAAAGAGGAGCAGAUACUUCAUCGGCUAAUAGACAGACAAGGAUGGAAGGUGCAGAAAUCAAUAAAUCCUUAUUAGCAUUGAAGGAAUGUAUAAGAGCCUUAGGAAAGAAAGGGGCUCAUCUUCCAUUUAGAGCCAGCAAAUUAACACAGGUUUUGAGGGAUUCAUUUAUAGGAGAAAAGUCCAGAACAUGCAUGAUAGCGAUGAUAAGUCCUGGCAUGAGUUCCUGUGAACAUUCCCUGAACACUUUACGUUAUGCUGACAGAGUAAAGGAACUAAAUGCAACUGAUCUCACUGAAACAAAAGUGUCACCAAGCGAAGAAGAAACUAUGAGAGUCGACGACAACUUAGAAGAUAGUGACCUUGCGCAGCUGCGAUCAUUAAAUGCUGAAGAAUCUCUGCAGAUUUAUACACAUUCCACGAAGCUGUUUCGCAUCUUCAGAUGUUAGAAGAAGAAGUUAUUGAUACACACAAACAUUUGUUAGAGUGUAACCCACACUGGCAUCACGUGGCUGAGAAGCUUUUUGCGCUUACAAAUGAAGUGGAUUAUGACCAAGAUGCUUAUUCAAAGCAACUUGAUCAGCUCCUAACGCAGGAAAUUGAAGCACUGAUAAAGUGCAAAGAAAAAGUAGCAGCGUUCAGAGCACAGUUAGAAGCCGAAGAACUCAUAAGCCAGAAAAUAAAGCGCCCUGUUCGAC